AUGUCGAAGGUUCCAUAUUAUACAAAAGUUAGGAUGCUUUCUCAAGGGGAAGAAAUUCAAGAUGGGAUUUCUGAUUUAUCGCAGCAACGGACUAAUGCUGGGUCAUCGCAACAACAAAAACCAACUCUUGCUAAAGUUGGUGACAGCCCAUUUCUGUCUUCACUGCAGCCAAGGGGUGAAACAAAGCACACAUCUCCUUCACAGCAUCAAACCGCUCUCACUCUUGACAAUAAUUUUGUCCAGGUUGAUGUGGGCAUUGUAGAACUAGAAGAGGCUUUGUCUGACUCGAGAGAGGAAAUAUCAGAUGCCGAGCUCCAACUUGCAGAGGCGGAGGUCUCCAAUGCAGAACAUAGACCUGGGAGAUUAUCACCGAGAGGGAUGUUAUCUGGGCAACAUGGUGAAUCCGAAUCCUUGGUUAUUGAUAUUUUUAAUCUUGAUCCCAUCAUUCAACAAGCUCAACACAAGGUUACUGGCGGGAAGGGGAUUAAUUUGGUUAAUAAGGCAAAACCGAAGAGUUCUCGAAUCCUUCCCACCAGUAAUCGGUCUUUACGCUCUAAGUCAAAGUAUCUUCAAACUCUUUCUCUGCUUUGUCUCAUGAUUAAUUUUUUAUUUUGGAAUAUUCGGGGUAUCUCGCGUACUCCAAAUUUUCAAAGGUUGAAACGGUUGAUUGAUGAGCUUUCUAUUCCUUUACUGGCUAUUUGUGAGCCUAAAACUUCACCGUGUGACAUACAUUUGAUUGGAGCUCGUCUCAAAAUGGAAUGUUGGCUUGUCAAUAGCCACGGUUCUAUUUGGGUUUUCUUCCAGAAAUCGUUUACUUGUGAUCGUGUUGGAGAAUCGGCUCAACAUUUAUCUCUUAAAGUUACAUCUCAACUUUUACCAAGUCCAGUUUAUGUCUCUUUUGUUCAUGCAAAGUCCACCGAGCAAGAGCGUACAUUGCUUUGGACCAAUUUGUUAGCUGAAAAUCCUUCAGAUUGCCCGUGGAUGGUGAUGGGGGACUUCAAUGCUAUUGUUAGUACAGAUGAGAAGAGGGGCGGAUUGCCUUUUCGAGUGGAUGAAGGGAUGGAGUUGAGAACAUUUAUGUCUCUAGCGGGUGUUUCUGAUGCUGGCUUUUCGGGGUCGCCCUUUACAUGGUGUAACAAUAGGGGUGGUUUGGCUCGUAUUUGGAAGCGUCUGGACAGAGUGCUUGUGAAUCAGUCGAUUUCUUCGUUGGGAGUUUCUUUUAUGGUGCAACAUCUGCAAGCUGAAGAAGUAGUAGAGGUAGCAGAGAAUGCAUUUAUCAAUGAGCCAUCUCAACCACACUGGCUUUCUCUGCAAGAAGCAAGGGCGAACCUGAAAAAUUCUCUUGUUAGGGAGGAAGCGUUUUGGAAACAAAAAUCAAGAGUUAAAUGGUUGAAGGACGGAGACACAAAUUCGAAGUAUUUCCAUUCGGUGGUGGCGGAGAGGAGAGCUAAAUCAAUCAUACAUCGUAUUAAGAACGACCAGGGGGAGUGGAUAUCAGACGAAGACCACAUUUCGGCAGAAGCGGAGAAAUUCUUCAAGUCAUUACUAUCAGCGGAGCCUACCAUGGGAUCAUUGAAUGUUUUGGAAAUGGUUCCUAAGUUAAUUUCUGCAGAACAAAAUGCUGAAUUGGAACGUUUUCCCUCGAAUGAUGAGAUAAGAUUUGUGGUAUUUUCGAUGGAUGGGGAGAGUGCGGCUGGACCGGACGGUUUUACUGGUGGUUUCUUUACUUUUGCAUGGGAGGUGGUUGGCACAGAUAUAUGUGAAGCUGUGACGAGUUUCUUCUGUGGGCAUGAACUGCCGAAGAGUAUUUCCUCUACAUUGCUCGUGUUGCUCCCCAAGAUUAAUGCCCCCCAAAAUUUCAAUCAAUUUCGGCCUAUCAGUCUUUGCACCUUUGUCAAUAAAAUAAUUUCAAAGAUCUUGGCUGCUCGCUUGGCAAAGGAGCUGAUUUCUGAUAUUCGAAGACCAAAUAGAGGGGGAAAUAUAGUUUUGAAGCUAGAUAUGACAAAGGCCUAUGACAGGGUCUCUUGGCCUUUCUUGCUUCAGGUGUUGAGAAGGUUUGGGUUUGGAGUAAGGUGGAUCGAUAUGAUUUGGCGAUUGAUUUCUAAUGUUUGGUUUUCGGUAUUAAUCAAUGGUGCUACCCAAGGUUUUUUCAAAUCCAGCAGGGGGUUGCGUCAAGGAGAUCCUAUUUCACCGGGCCUUUUUGUAAUUAGUGCCGAGGUUCUUUCUCGCCUUCUUAAUUCCUUGCUUCUUAGCAAGGGUUUUAAGCCGUUCAAAGUCCCUCCAGGUUGCCCGAGUAUUACACACUUGGCCUAUGCCGAUGAUGUGAUUAUCUUUUCUAGUGGACUGAAGCGAUCAAUUCAAUUGGUCAUGAACGUUCUACAUUCUUAUGUAUCGGUAUCAGGUCAGAAGGUUAAUCACCAAAAGAGUUGUUUCUUGUUGCAUUCUACUAUCCCUAGGGUACGCAAAAGUAUGGUUGCAGAGAUCACUGGUUUUCAACCACGCGAGUUUCCUGUCAAGUACUUGGGUUGUCCAUUAUAUGUUGGGCGGAGAAAGAAAUGUUAUUUCUCGGAAAUUUGCGAUUCGAUUGUAGGCAGGGUGUUAUCAUGGAAAGGGAAGUUAUUGUCGUAUGGUGGUAAGUUGGUUUUGCUUAAGAGUGUGUUGUCUUCCAUGCCUAUUCAUUUGUUUGCAGCUUCGACUCCUCCCAAGUCUCUGUUUGGUUUUUUGGAAAAGAUUUUCGCUAGCUUUCUUUGGGGCUCCUCCGACAAUGGGCCGCAAUUCCACUGGAUUAAAUGGGAUCAAUUAUGUAAAUCUCAGGAAAGGGGGGGUGUAGGUUUGCGUUCAUUAAGGCAUGUAUUCGAGGCUUUUUCUAUGAAAUUAUGGUGGCAGUUUAGGUCGCGACAGUCGUUAUGGGCUGAGUUCAUGCACUGCAAAAUUUGUCCUAAAACUCACCCUUGCUUUGCUGAAGUUAAGUUGGGAAGCUCAUGGACCUGGAAGAGGAUGAUGGCUAUUCAAGGGAAGGCGGAGCAACACAUUCUUUGGCAGUUAUCCGAUGGCUCGGCCAAUUUUUGGCGUGAUAAUUGGUUGGGGCAAGGUCCGUUAUGUCACCAGGUGGAAACCUUCCAGGAGUGUGCAGUCUAUGACUACGUUGAGCAAGGUCGGUGGAAUGUGCACAAGUUAAACGACGAGUUACCCUCAUGGUUGGUGGGACGUAUAUUGAAGGUUGAUCCCCCAUGUCACACAUUCCCGGAUAGCAUGGUUUGGGCCCCUAGCACCUCUGGCGAUUUUUCAAUAUCAACAGCUUAUAAAUAUGCACAGGGCGGUGGUAACAUUUCUUGGCUGUACUCAUCGGUCUGGAUUCAGGGUUUGCCGGUUAACAUUUCUUUCUUCAUGACGAGAUUGCUGAGAGCCAGGUUGCCUGUCAUGGAUAGGCUACAUCAUCUUGGGAUACUAGGUCCAUCUCAUUGUUUUUGUUGCUCAUCUCCAUGUUCCGAGUCUAUUGACCAUAUCUUUUGUAAUGGGGAGGUGGCGAGCAAAAUCUAG